AUGAUUCGCAUCAAAGUCAAGAUUGUUGGUGGCAAAAACAACUUCUGGCUCUGGACCAAGAAAGAUGGCUUCGAUCUGACCCACCCACCAACUCCAGAUUCACCACCUAUCUACCCCCGAAUCACUCUCAACACGCGCGCUGAGAAAGUCACCAUCGACCCUGCAAAGACUUCUCUCGUCGUAAUCGACAUGCAGAACUAUUUCCUAUCGCCUCUUCUUGGUCGUCCCCCCAAGAGCCCUGGUCUGGAGAUUGUCAACAAACUCGUCACACAAGUCAUUCCUGUGUGUCGCAAGGCUGGCAUUCCAGUGGUGUGGCUUGGCUGGGGCGUGAAAGACAGCGACUUAGAUGACAUGCCCCCGAGCAUCGCAAGAGGUUUUGACUUUCCUCUCGACAAGAACUUUGUCAAACCCACGUUUCUUGGAAGUAUCGGCGCUGAGAUUGGAAAAGUCAAGUGUGAAGACGGGACGCUCAUCGACGCGGGCCGAGUCAUGAUGCGAGACCAGUGGAACACCGAGUUUCACCCCAGUCUGAAGGCCAUCGCAGAACCACAAGACAUACACAUCAACAAGAAUCGACUUUCUGGUUUCUGGGAAGGAACUGGCAUCGAAGACGCACUGCGUAAGCGAGGUAUCAGAACCUUGCUGUUUACGGGGGAGAACAUGGAUCAGUGCGUCGCUGGGACUAUUCGGGACGCUUACACCAAAGGUUGGGAUUGUCUAAUGCUCAGUGAUGCUUGUGCAACGACAAGUCCUGACUUUGCGACGAAGUGCACUGAGUAUAACUGUCAAGGAGGCUGGGGCUUUGUGUUGAGCUGUCAGGAUUUGGCUGAUGGGGUUGAUGCUAUUGAUCGAGGAGCUUAG